AUGCGGUGGCGGCUGCAAAUGUUUCUCCAGAGGAAACUUAAAAUCAGCUUUCUCUUUCUUCUGUUCUUGGCCCUUCUUGUGCACCUGGUGGUGGAUUUUGCUCUCCCCACAACCCACAGGUCCUGUGGCUGCAAUACUAAAGCAUCAAAAGCUGUGGAUGUCCCGUCAGGCAGCCCCAUGCUGGCUGGCCUCAAAAAGCUGAGCCUGCGGAUCCUUCAGGAUUUCAGUGGAAGCAACGGCUCCUUGGAGAAGAGUUCCCAGCCAGAGAGAGUGGGGCUGCAUGAAAGGGUUGGAGAGCCAGGGGUCCAAGAGCAGUAUGAAGAGGUGAAUGCAGGGUGGAUCAAGGGAUCAAAGCUGGCAGAACUCUUCAAGCAUCCUCUUUACAACAUCCCAGUCCCAGAGGUGACAGAGAAAGACAAGCUGUUUGUCGUCAACCCCAUGGAGAAGUUCAGCCUGCGCAGCAGUGGGAGUGAUGAAUGGGUCAGCAGCAGUAAAGCCGAGGCGCUCCUCCCGACAGGGAAGACAGCCUAUGACACCUACCCCACGUGGCUCAAAUUCCACAUCGGCAUCAACCGCUACGAGCUGUACCCCCGCCGGGACCCCUUGCUGCCCACGCUGCUCCGGGAUCUGGCCACGCAGAGGAUCGUCAGCUCGGUGCAGAAGUCCGGCGGGACCCAGCUCAAGCUCAUCAUGACGUUCCCAAACUAUGGGCAGGCCCUCUUCAAGCCCAUGAAGCAGACCCGGGACCAGGAGACCCCCAUUGAUUUCUUCUACUUCUCAGACUUUGAGCGGCACAAUGCAGAGAUUGCAGCCUUCCACCUGGACAGGAUCCUGGAUUUCCGGCGAAUCCCCCCAGUUUCUGGUCGUUUGGUCAACAUAACAAAGGAAAUUCGGGAUAUCACCACAGACAAGAAACUGGCCAAGACUUUCUUCAUCUCCCCAGCGGGAAAUGUCUGUUUCUAUGGGGAGUGCUCCUACUACUGCUCCACGGAGCACGCCCUGUGUGGCAAACCGGACCAGCUGGAGGGCUCCAUGGCUGCCCUGCUCCCCGACAAGACCCUGGCCAAGCGCCGCUCCUGGCGCAGCCCCUGGCGCCGCUCCUACCACAAGAGCAAGAAGGCUGAGUGGGAGCUGAACCCCAACUACUGCGCUCAGGUGCGAGAGACGCCGCCCUACGACAGGGGCCAUCGCCUCCUUGACCUUAUCGACAUGGCAAUCCUCGAUUUCCUCAUGGGCAACAUGGACCGGCACCACUAUGAGACCUUUGAGAAAUUUGGGAAUGACACCUUCCUGCUCCACCUGGACAAUGGUCGCGGCUUCGGCACACACUCCCGCGAUGAACCGUCCAUCCUGGCCCCUCUCCAGCAAUGCUGCAGCAUCAAGAAGUCGACUUACCUGCGGCUGCAGCUGCUGGCCACCCAGCCCUACCGCCUGAGUGACGUGCUGCGGGAGGCGCUGGCCGCAGACCCGCUGGCCCCCGUCCUGGCCGAGCCCCACCUGCAGGCGCUGGACCGGCGCCUGGGGAAGGUGCUGGUGGCCGUGGGACACUGCCUGGCCAGGGCAGCCCACCAGGAAAAGGUGCUGGUGGAUGAUGUGGGGUCGUGGGUGUGACGGAGGCUGGGUACCCUGCUGGAUUGGGCUGUUGUGGUGUG